AAAAGGUAGAAGAGGCCAUUGUUCCCGAUAUAAAGAAGUAGCUAGUGAACAUGGCGUCAACAAGCCGUGGAGACGGCCAGGCCCUUCCUAAGGUGCAGUGCCCCAACCACCCAGACUCCAUGCUGGUGGAAGACUACAGAGCAGGGGAUAUGAUCUGCCCCGAGUGUGGCCUUGUAGUGGGUGACAGGGUGAUUGACGUCGGCUCAGAGUGGAGGACGUUCACCAAUGAGAAAGCCACCAAAGACCCGUCUAGAGUGGGCGACGCCCAGAACCCACUCCUCAACGGGGGAGACUUGACCACCAUGAUCAGCAAGGGAACAGGCGCGGCUAGUUUUGACGAGUUCGGCAACUCCAAGUACCAGAACCGGCGGACUAUGAGCAGUUCAGAUCGUGCCAUGCUAAACGCCUUCAAAGAGAUUACCACCAUGGCCGACCGGAUCAACCUACCAAGGAACAUCAUAGACCGAACAAAUAACUUAUUUAAGCAAGUGUACGAACAGAAGAGCCUGAAGGGCCGGGCCAACGAUGCCAUCGCAUCAGCCUGCCUUUACAUCGCCUGCAGACAAGAGGGCGUGCCUCGGACGUUUAAAGAGAUCUGCGCGGUGUCCCGCAUCUCCAAGAAGGAGAUCGGCCGCUGCUUCAAGCUGAUCCUCAAGGCCCUGGAGACCAGCGUGGACCUCAUCACCACCGGAGACUUCAUGUCCCGCUUCUGCUCCAACCUGGGCCUGCCUAAGCAGGUGCAGAUGGCGGCCACCUACAUCGCACGGAAGGCCGUGGAGCAGGACCUGGUGCCCGGCAGGAGCCCCAUCUCUGUGGCCGCCGCCGCCAUCUACAUGGCCUCCCAGGCCUCCGCCGAGAAGAAGACCCAGAAAGAGAUUGGAGACAUCGCCGGUGUGGCAGACGUCACAAUCAGACAGUCGUACCGACUCAUCUACCCCCGAGCAGCCGACCUCUUCCCCCCGGACUUCAAAUUCCACACCCCUGUGGACAAACUGCCCCAGCUGUGAAGACCCACUCGCCCCGACGACACUUUAAAGGUUAUUUUUCUAGUUUUUAUUCUAUUAGCGAUUUCCACCCCCCCUUGUUAAUUAACUUAAGACUUCAGGCCAUUGUGAAGGCACUUUUUGCAGGAAUACAGACAAGUACAGGACACACAUUCCAAUACUUUAAAAAAUGAGAUUGCAAACUGUACUUACAGUAUUUCAUUUGAGUGUAUAUAUACUGUAUAUACAGUGAGGGAAAAAAGUAUUUGAUCCCCUGCUGAUUUUGUACGU